AAGUUAUCUAUGAAGCAUUAAUGCGACUGCUCUUCCAAUCAUUCAUUGAAACUCAGUCACCAGGGGAACAGGAGAAUAUUCUGUCAUUUGUUGAAUACAUGGCUGAGUCUUACCCAAAUGAUGAAUUUUACGACUGUGUUAUGUCUCCUGAGCUUGAAGAACUCUUAAAGUCCCUGGAAAAUUUUACUAGAUCAAAGUCUGCAAUCAAUCCCACAUUUGCGUUUUGGUUAAUGUAUAUCGAGAUGGUCCAAAUUCUGCUUCUGUUUAUUCGCGCAACAAGGGAAAACAAUUGGGAGUUGCACCUUUCUGCUGUCAGAUCAAUGCUUCCCUGGUUCUUUGUGGCUGAUCGAAUACAUUAUGCAAGAUACGGGACAAUGUACUGGCUGGAAAUGUCUUGUUUGGAAAGCACUCAUCCAGAUGCACUUGAGUCGGUCAAAGAAACCUGGACAUGUCAACGACAAAGGCGAUACGGAUUUUCAUCGACUGCCUGUGACCAAGUCAUGGAACAGACUUUUAAUAGAGACUCGAAAACCAAGGGUGGUAUCACCGGAUUUUCGUUGAACAGACGUGCUGUACAGAGGUGGAUAUUAUCCCAGUCUGAAAGAGGAUCUAUCACUCGUCAAUGUCACAGUUUGGCUGGACUUGCAAAAACGGAUAGGGAACGUAAGGAACUAGAUUCCACUCAGAUUGGGAAUCAUAAUUCUGACGUUGCAGCUGUUGUAGAGACAAUUUCAACAGUGAUUAAUCCUUUUGAUACGGAUUUGGAAGAUCUUGUUAACAUAACAAGUGGUGAGGUAGCUCGACCUGACGUCAAGAAAGAUCUUCUUUCCGCAAUUAUUAUUGGGGAGGAUAAACUGGACAAGUUUAUAAAGCAGAAAGUCACCCCUGAGGAGUCAGAGCAACCGGACAUAUUUUCAAGCAUCGAGUCAACGAAACUUAAAUCAUUUUCCAGGAAGAAUCUGCCGGUGAGAGCACAGACAAGUAAAGGAAAGGUGGUGGAAUUGAAGAAUGAUUCCAAGUUCAUUGCCCGUCUGCUUGCCAUAGGGGAAUCGAGAGAGAUAGACAUUGAAAACCUUAUGACGUAUAGCUUGCGAAAGUGGCCACAACCUUUUGCCACUGUAAAUGAGGAACUUGUUAAAACAGCAAAAGUAAAAUUGCUGCACAUCAUUGAAAGUCGGUGUCAGGAAUGUUUAUCAGAUUCACUGCCACCACACAAUGCGCUGAUGUUAGAUGGCAUGGCUAUCGUCCAGACGGUGAAAGAUGUGCCACAGACAUUUGGUGCGUUGGCUGAAAAGAUCACCCAACGAAUCAUCAACAACGCCAGAACCUCGAAUACAUCCAGAGUAGAUUUCGUUUGCGAUCGAUAUCCUGAGAUAAGCAUAAAGAAUCUCGAAAGAAUCAAAAGAGCUGAAUCAGGAUCUACUCAUAUAAAGAUAUGUUCCCCCUCCCAAAAAGUUCCUCGACAGUUUAAAAAGUUUCUUUCGCUCGGAAAAAACAAGGAGUCCCUCAUUGAUUUUAUUUACAGAUAUUUGACUGAUAUGAAAAAUUUAUGCGAGCGAUUGGGAUCCAUUGAGCUAUUCUUCACACAUGGGAAGCAAUGCCAUCGUUUUCGUGCUGGUGCAGAUGGCCUGUUAGAAACAAUUGACGUGCCAGAACUUUAUAGCGACCACGAAGAAGCUGAUACACGCAUGUUGCUUCACGCAAAGCACGCUUCCCAUGACUAUGAUAAUGUUGUGAUUAGAAGCCCGGAUACAGACGUAUUUGUUCUUGCAGUUAGCCACAAAUGUUCUUUCGACGCAUCAUUGUACUUUGUGACCGGAACAGGUAACAGCAGCCGGAUUAUUGAUAUCAACAAAAUUCAGGAAGAACUUGGGAGUGAUCUUUCCUCGGCCCUCAUUGGCUUCCAUUCGUUUACAGGUUGCGAUAGUACAAGUGCCUUUUUUGGUAAGGGAAAAUUAAAGCCAUACAAAUUGCUAGAAGAAUCGUCUGAGUUCGUCGACACUUUUAACGUCGUCGGACAAGCGUUUUCUCACGAAAAAGAAUUACUAGGAAGAUGUGAGAAAUUUGUUUGUCAUCUGUAUAACCAACCUAACACCACUGAAGUGAACAAGGCACGUUUACACCUUUUUCGUCUCGGGCAUUUCAACGAAGAAUCGAUGCCAUGCACAAAAGAUGUGCUAUUACAGCACCUAAGUCAUGCUAAUUAUCAAGCAGCAAUAUGGAGGAGAGCUUUACAGCCAUUCAUCAUGGCACCGGACAUUACUAACCAUGGAUGGGCUGUUGCGAAUAAUAUGGUUUCCAUCGUAUGGAUGGAUUUACCUCCAGCACCGGACAGCAUCUUGGAGAAUGUACAUUGCGGGUGCAAAUCGGGAUGCUCAAGCAAUAGGUGCUCUUGUUUUAAAGAAAACCUUCGCUGCACGGGUCUGUGUCAUUGUGAAGGAUGCGCCAACCGUUCGGAAUUAGCGGACGAAGACUCAGAGAAUGAAGGUUACAAUUACGAUAUGAAUCAUGAAGACGAUAGCGAGAGCGAUAAUGAUUAUGGAGACAAUUGAAAGAGGUGUAAUGUCCAUUCGCCGCUUUUGCAGUUUGUUUGCCUUUUGAAUCAUUAAAAUGUAUAUAAUUAAUUGUUGCUCUCUCAAUAAAUAUGGAGGAGAGACUCAUUCUAGUAGAUGCUCAAAACGAAAUUUAGAGCAACAAGACCCAACAUUGCAAAUGGGCGUAACAGACUUUACAUUACCAAAACACAUAAUUUUGUUCUGUUUUGUACAAAACAUUGAUGUCCACUCGCUUCGAAAUAUGAUUAACUCCCACUCGGACGAGAAUGAGCCUUCCAUUGGUGCACAAUUAGCAGGUCAAAAAAACUAACAAUAGAUAGGAAAAUGCUGACUCAUCAUUUUUUUAAAUAUUUAGUCGGCGAUAAUUCAGUACUGAGUGAUUGGACGAAAUUGGUGUAAUAUACUUUAUUAGUUCUUUUAACUAGCUCUAUCUGAUGGUGUUGUCAAAAAUUGGAAUUUCCAAGAAA